CUUUGCCUCCCUAAAAAACGCUCACACUCCUAAUCCCUCUCAAUUUUUCAAACCAACCUCUCUCUCGCUCUCUCUAAGUCUUAGCAAUGGCGCGUCUUCUCUUUCGUCUUCUUCAAGAAGCAAGUCCACCAUCUCCGGCGGAAGGUUCUCCUCCUAUCAACUCCGACCUCGUGCUCAUCCUCGCGGUUCUUCUUUGUGCACUGACGUGCGUCCUCGGCUUGAUAGCCGUCUCUCGUUGCGCCUGGCUCCGACGUAUAGCCUCCAGGAACAGAUCGGAUCAGACUGAUCAACCUCCCGUAGCUGCAGCCAACAAAGGGUUGAAAAAGAAAGUGCUCCGGUCGUUACCUAAGCUCACUUACUCCCCGGAGUCAUCGCCGGCUGAGAAACUCGUCGAGUGCGCGAUCUGUCUCACGGAGUUCGCCGCCGGGGACGAGCUCAGGGUGUUGCCGCAGUGUGGUCACGGUUUCCACGUAUCUUGUAUCGACACGUGGCUUGGAUCCCACUCUUCUUGUCCUUCUUGCCGUCAAAUCUUGGUGGUUGCCAGGUGUCAUAAAUGUGGCGGGUUACCCGGUAGCUCAAGUUCAGGAUCCGAACCCGAUACCCGAAUCAAGCAAAGUGAAGAUGAUCCUAAUAACUUCUUACCUUGAUUCUUUUUAGACCCAUUUUAUUUUUUCUUUCAUAAAAAUGGAUUCUCUUUAAUUAUAUCAAACGAGUUAUAAUAUUGAAAAGUGUUUCUUAUCAUUUUAAAGGAUAAUGUUUACUCUGUCAUGUACAUAUAAUUUAUCUAUUGUAAAUUUUAUUAUAUGGAAUGGAAAGUUAGUCUCA